AUGGUCAGGGAGAUUUUCAAGUUGGAAACGGUUAUUCCUGUUGGAAAUUCGUUGGAUUCUGUUGAUGCUUUUGGACUUGAUCAGGAUCCAAUCAUGAUCCGAUUCAUUUUCCUCAUUCUUGCUCUAUUCUUCAUCCCAGUUAUUCGAUCCGAUUCCAACCCGAUCCGAUUACCAAACCACAUUGACGACGGUUAUAAUCACGACAAAACUGAUCCGUGCGAGGAGUCGAGAAGAACCGCGUCUUGUCCGGUGAAAUGCUUUCGGACUGAUCCAGUGUGCGGAGUCGACGGCGUUACGUAUUGGUGUGGGUGUGGCGAUGCAUGGUGCGCAGGGACUAAGGUGGCGAAGUUAGGGUUUUGUGAGGUCGGAAAUAAUGGCGCCGCUGCUCAGGCGCUUCUUCUCCUUCAUAUUGUUUGGCUCAUUGUUCUUGGUUUUUCUGUUUUCUUCGGAGUGUUCUAG